UCUUUCUACAUUUGAGCACAGGAACAUUAACUGACCAGGGUUAGCGCUUGGGUCUUGCUCUCCACCCCUCUUCACACACACACACACACACACACACACAAACACACACACACGCACAAAGUGAGCGCUUCACGUGCAGUUUUAGUUUCUCUUCAGAGGAAACCGACACCUGAUUGGAGUUUUCUGUCCCGCGUGCAGCCUCACAUCUCUAACCCGCUAUACGCGCCACGAUGCACUCGCUUCUGCCCGCGGUACUCGCGUGCGCCGUGCACUUUGCGCUCGGGAUGUACGGCUUCGACCAUGCUGAACUCUCUCCGCACCGGAGCAGCUGCAGACCGAUUCCUCGGACCCUGUACCUGUGCCGCGGCAUCGAAUACGCGCGCAUGCGUCUGCCCAAUCUGCUCGGGCACGAGACUAUGAGCGAGGCGGCGCAACAGGCUGCCGCCUGGGUACCUCUUGUGCACAAGCGCUGCCACACCGACACGCGCAAGUUCCUGUGCUCGCUCUUCGCGCCCGUGUGCCUCGAGGAUUUGGACGAGCCGAUCCAGCCGUGCCGCUCGCUCUGCGAGGGAGUCAGGAGCGCGUGCGCCCCCGUUAUGGCCGCUUUUGGUUUUCCGUGGCCCGGCAUGCUUGACUGCGCUCGAUUCCCGGAUGACAACGACCUGUGCAUACCUCCCGCGGGCGCGGACACCGACACCGCGGGGCCGGUCACACAAGGAGUACCAAAGGUGUGUAAUGCCUGCACAGAGAAGAUGGAGGAUGACAAUGAAAUUGUGGACAGUCUUUGCAAAAAUGAUUUUGUUCUGAAAAUUAAGGUGAAGGAGAUCUCCUACAUGAACAGAGACACGAAGAUCAUUCCUGAAACCAAGAGCAAGACCAUAUACAAGUUGAAUGGAGUGACAGAGCGUGAGCUGAGGAAGGCGCCUCUGUGGCUUAGAGAUGGUCUGGAGUGCAUGUGUGAUGAGAUGAGUGACAUCAAUGCCACCUACCUGGUGAUGGGCCAGAAUCUGGACGGGAACCUGGUGAUCACAACACUGAAGCGCUGGCAGAAAGGACAGCGUGAGAUUAAGCGCCUCUACCGCAGCAUCCACAAACUGCAGUGCUGAGCGACGAGGAUCUGGCAGCCACAAAUCCAGCUCUGACACAGAUCUCCAAAUCAACUAGCCACUGUCGUUGUCCUGCUACAGAGCUGUAGUAGUGAAACAAGAAACUUGAAUCUAGUCUUUAAAUAAUCAAGAACUCAUAUCUGAAAGCCAUGUAAAUAUUUUAGGUGCAGUGCAGAAAAGUUUCAUUGUGUCAUAUUUCUCCUUUCUAUUUAGCUUUAACUCAUAAUUGCAUAUUCUGUUUUUAUAUCUGUGUGAUAGAAUUUUCUAGAAACACAAUAAAAACAGUCAGAAUCCUGAUGUCACUCCAGCGGCAAUGAUUUUAUAUUCCAGUUUAUAUAUUCCAGUUAUAUUACAGUUAAGUUGCUAAGUGUAUUUUGUGUGUGUUUUCUACAGUGCUUUUUAUCAGUAUAAAGAGAGAUAGCUGGCUAUAUUCUCAUCAGUUUAAACCAUAAUAAGAGCGAUUUCUUUGUUGUUGAAAGCCAGAAUUCAUGUGUUUGAGUGUUUUUCAGUGUCCUCCUGUAUGUGAGACUAAAGGCUGCACUGUUUCUGUGUAAAUCCCUUAAACCACAAUCUGAGAUCAUCUACUGUUUGUUUAUUUCCUGUCUGUCAGUUAGAAUAUCAGCAUGAAGGUCUGUUUCUUGUUGUUCUCUUCUUUGGCUCUGUGAAAUCUCACAAUCAUGGGCUUCGCUCUGGAAUUUUUUCUUAACUCAAUUGGUUGCACAUUUUAUUGCAUUAAGGUUUUGUUUUAAUCAUUGUGUCCCUUGUUAUUGUAUAAAUAUUUCAGGAAGAUGUUUGUUCUUGUAGUUUUAGAAGCAGCAGAAAGUCAUCGCUUUUCCUUCAUUGUUACAACUUUGUAUUAAUGUUUAUUUUAAUGCUUAUUUUAUAGAGCUGUGAUGAAAUCUGUCACAUAUGACAAAUGAAGAAGCGGAAUAAAGACA